AUGUUUAAUAUUAAUGAACUACAGGAAUUUAAUCGUCUCCGCUCCAGCCUUAGAGCUAAGAAAGAGCAUGCUUCCCUGCUUGAAGAUUUCAGGGAAUUUGAUCGUACAAGAUUAGAUCUGGAAGAAGGUGGUGGUUCUUAUGAGCAGGCUCUUCUUAAGGAACGUGCAUCACUCAGUAGAAGUUCUGGACAGACGGACAAUGUGAUUUCUCAAGCACAAGAAACCUUAAGGACAUUGGUAUUUCAACGUUCCACAUUUGGUGGUAUUAAUUCAAAGCUUAGUAAUGUUAGCAGUCGCCUGCCAACGGUAAAUCAUAUUCUGUCUGCGAUAAAGAAGAAAAAGUCUAUGGAUACUAUCAUCCUUUCCUUAGUUGCUUCCGUCUGCACAUUUCUCAUUUUGAUUUAUUGGUGGACGAAAUAA